AAAUGGGGGCAUGGAUAAGAAGACAAGAAGCAGAAAUGGUGGUGAAUUUAGGAAGCAGGGCAACGCAAGUAGAUUUAGGAGUGGUUUAAGUUCACUAGAUUCAGGGCAAGUUGGUUUAGGUAGAAAGCAAAGAGUUGGUUAUGAUACUAAGAUUAAUAGGAGUAAGAUUGAUGGUAGGAUUAAUCAGAGUAAUGUUUUACGAAAUCCUAGAUAUUCUGAGUCUGAAGUUUUUGAUAUGAGUUUACAACAGGAUGGGAGUUAUGGGUUCCAAGCCAAAAAUAGGCAGAUUGACUCUAAUUCUCAGCCUAAAGAGGCAUUUGAGUGAUUCUAGCUUUAAUUGACUGAUGGAAUAAAUAGAAUUUGUGGCUAGAACUAGCUAUUGAUGCUAUCAAAUUGGUAAAUAGUAAUGAACUGUAUUUCAUUAGUUAUGUUCAUAGAAUUCUGGCAUUUCAGGUAAGUGCAAGUUGUUAUGACCGGUGACCAUAUCAUAUUUGGUGCUUAAUGUAAAUGAGUCUCAACAAAUGGAAGAUGAUCAGGUAAUAGUUGUUACUUUCUUAACUAUAAACUGAUGAACAUCUGUAUGCAUUAUGUGUUUUGUUCAAUUUAGUAAAGCUGUAUAUUGAACUGCUCAAAGGAUUCAAUGGAGAUUUAGCUGGUGUUUGGGA